CCGCGCAGCCAAUCGGAGCGUCGGGAACCUCUCCGGGGGCGGUCUCUCAGCCGCGCUCCCCUUAUCCCCGGCGUCACUUGGGCGCCUGCGGUGCGAAGGAAGCGGCAGGCGCAGCGGCGAGGAAGGAGACGCGAUCAGGAGGCCGCCGACGUUCCCAGCAGCCCGGUCGCACCGCCGAGGGCUGUCGCCGCCAUGGAUUACGGGGAAGAAAUGGACCGUGACUAUGGGCAUGGUGCCUAUGGUGGCCCAAGAGCCAUGGACUCUUAUAUGAACCAGUCAUAUGGAAUGGAAAGUCAUGGAGGUGGUGGAGGAGGCGGUGCCGCCGCCAGGUUUGGACCUUAUGAGUCUUACGACUCCGGGUCUUCUCUGGGUGGGCGAGAUCUGUACAGAUCUGGCUAUGGUUAUAAUGAACCCGAACAAAGCCGCUUCGGAGGUAGUUAUGGUGGUCGAUUUGACAGCAACUACCGGAAUAGCCUUGACUCUUUCGGAGGUAGAAACCAGGGCGGGUCUAGCUGGGAAGCACCUUACUCACGCACAAAGUUGAGGCCUGGGUUUAUGGAGGACAGAGGAAGAGAGAGUUACUCUUCCUACAGCAGUUUUUCUUCACCCCAUAUGAAGCCUGCACCUGUAGGCUCUCGGGGGAGAGGAACGCCUGCUUACCCUGACAGUGGAUUUGGAAGCAGAAACUAUGAUGCUUUUGGAGGACCAUCAACAGGCAGAGGCCGUGGCCGAGGAUACAUGGGAGACUUUGGAGGCAUGCAUAGACCUGGAAUUGUGGUAGACUAUCAUAACAAACCCAGUAAUGCAGCUGUAGCUGCACGAGGAAUAAAGAGAAAAAUGAUACAGCAGCCGUAUAAUAAACCAGGUGGGACAUUUAUCAAGAAACCCAAACUGACAAAACCUAAUGUGAAGAUGAACCAAAACAAACCUAAGCCUUGGACACCAAGCAAGAAAGCUACUACAGAGGGUAAUGAAGCUGAAGCAGGUGGUGCAAUUGCAGAUGAAGACUUUACACAAGAUGCCUGUGAUGGCAUCUGUCAGGAAUUUGAAGGUGUCAAGCCGGAAGUGAAAAAUGAAGAGGAAGAAAAACGUCGUAUUGAGGCAAGAAGAGAGAAGCAAAGGCGUAGAAGGGAGAAGAACAGUGAAAAGUAUGGUGAUGGUUACAGGUCUCUGUCUUCUGCCAGAAUGGCAUUCACCUGCUCAUUCUGCAAGUUUCGAACAUUUGAAGAAAAAGACAUUGAAGCUCAUCUGGAAAGUCCUGUUCACCAGGAAACGUUAGAUCAUAUUCAGAAGCAAACCAAAUUCGACAAGGUUGUGAUGGAGUUUCUACACGAAUGUAUGGUGAAUAAAUUCAAGAAGACCGCUAUGCGUAAGCAGCAGACUACUAGCCAAAUGGAAGCUGCCCAGAUGACUGAAAAAGAUGUUAUGGAAGGUGUCACGGCUGACGACCACAUGAUGAAAGUAGAGACUGUUCUCUGCUCUGCAUGCAGUGUUUAUGUUCCUGCUCUACACAGUUCUGUUCAGCAGCACUUAAAGUCUCCUGAGCAUGCAAAGGGAAAAACGACUUACAAAGAGCAAAUUAAAAGAGAGAGUGUACUAACUGCUACCAGCAUAUUGAAUAACCCAAUUGUGAAGGCACGAUAUGAGCGCUAUGUCAAGGGUGAAAAUCCAUUUGAAGUUACUGAUCAAACUCCUGAGCAGCAAGCGGAAGAAGACAAGGCAGAUGAACCUGUGGAGGAGGAGGAAGAGGAAGCAGAAGCCGAGGAAGAAGAGGAAGCCGAGACUGCAGAACAAACCGACUUCACUCUUGACCAAACAGAGGAUGCUUAAAUGCGAGAAAUGUGCACAAGUAGAGGAAAAUGCCACUUUAUUUUACUGUUUUCGUGGCGAAGUGUAAAAUUUAUAGUAGUUAGAAAUAAGGCUUUUUACCAUCCCUACCCUGUGCAUGCAUUCCAUUUAAAUUGAAAAUGUGUUUGUUACUUUGUUUUUACCUUUGCUUAAAAUGCAGGCAAAGCUGUUUUUAGUUUAGCUUUAAUAGUAAGCCGGCUGUUGUUAGAUUCGAUUAAACAUGGUAUGGUGUAUGUGUUCUUAAUGUUUUCCUCUCUUGGUGUUGAGAAUCGGAUAUAAAGGAACUAGACCGUUUAAUCAUU